CGUGAUCAAAUUAGAACAUUGUUACCGUGUUUGGAAUUGCCUACAGUUCAAAAUUAUAACACAAUUUGUCAGCGACAACUACAGUGCUGCCCAUCCCUAAAUUAUACGAUCGUUUCAUCGGACUCGACAGUUUUUAUCAGUGUGCUGUGGUUGGAGGACCUGUCCUAUCCAUCUGCAAAAUGACUGCUGUGUACUGUAAGAUAUACUACAUUCCGUAACAUAUUGUGACCGCUAACGGUAACGGUUGUAACCUAUUGCACAUCCUCAGCAGCAGUAUUACUUCUGUGCAUGUUGCUUAGCCUGGUUGGUCUACCUUCCUGCUCAGCCCAAUGCUUAGAAGGCAGUAUGUAUUUUUGUAACAUCGGAGUUAUCAACAUGACCUCGGACGGAGGAGCCAGGAUACGUAAAGCCAUCGACACCGUGCAAGACAGCUUGUAUGUAGCAUUUAGCAUUGAAAAGUUGAUCGUCAGUAGCAGUGCUACGGGUCCGUUCCUGCAACGAAUUGCCACGUUGACUGAGAGAAUUUCGUACAUGGCCUAUAAGGAUCCCGUGUUCCAACUGCCGGCAGACAACACACUCACCGAAAUCGAAAUUGUCAAUGCCGUAAUGCUUCGGUCGUUAGUAGCUGGCACGAACCGUCAUCUGACGCGACUAUACGUGGAGAACUGUCUUCUCGAUCGUAUACCACCGACACUCUCCAAUAUGAUCGAGUUGGAGGAGCUGCUUAUCAUGCAGUGUGCAUUGACAGCGCUGCGCCUAGACGUGCUGGUGAACAAUCCUAAACUCACCACCAUCGAUCUGACGCGUAAUCGAAUCCGUCAACUGUUUCCGAUCACCACGCCACCGAAAAACAAACUGUCUGUAACUUUCCUCAGCUUGGCUGCGAAUCAGCUGGAACGUCUAGACAUGUCCAUGUUUGCCUUCAUGCCGGACCUGGAACGGUUCGAUGUGCGAGGUAAUCGGAUCGUCCGCUUUGAGGCUACGGCACCAGUAACCUAUGGUUCGCUUAUCCGACUACUCGUCUCUUCUAACAAUAUAACGCAGUUCGAUACGCGCAAUCUUACUCUUUCGGAACUGCGCUCAAUAUACUUGGACGAUAAUGCACUCACAGAACUUCCCACACAUUGGGGCAAGCUACCAAAAUUAAUCUACCUCGGAUUUGAUCGAAACAAUUUGAAACGAAUUGAUAUGAGCUUUUUUGCAAAGUUUGCAACGUUAAAUUCAGUCAUUAUUAGCGAAAACAUCGUCGAAACGAUCCGCACCUCCACUCCGAUCACGAUGCCAGAGCUAGAUAUCAUACUGUUCGAAAGCAAUCAGAUUGUGUCGGUGAAUUUUACUGGCUGUAAUUUUCCUAAGAUGAACCUCAUUUCGUUGUCAAACAACCGCCUUACAACGAUUCCACCACUGUUCCAACGUUUUCCCGAAUCGCGACUAGCAAUGGAUGGCAAUCCGAUUAAAUGUUCCAGCAUGACGGCAUUAAAGAGCAAAAUCACUGACUAUAGGCUCUACGUGACCACCGGUACCACGCAGUCCGACUGUCCCACAACUUCAUCGAUCGCACUUGAUCAAGAGCGGCUAGCUUGCUGUGAUGCUUGAUAGUUCGUUCUGACACGUGAAUCUAUAGUGUAUUCGCAAAUUCAAAAAGUUUCAGAAUAAAAUAUGCAUGCAAAUCUA